CGCAGCCAAUCAUUAAACGCUAGUAAGCUGCUUUCUGCUGGCUGAACUUGGCCAUUUUUCUGAUGUUACGUGCACGUGCUAUAUGUACGGAUACUGGUGUCUGAUUAUUCCAAAACCAUAUUAUUAUUACAGAAUUAAUUAUAUAAGUUGUGUAAUUAGCAACCAAUAAGGAUGGCAAAGUUUUGUCUGAACAAGCCAAGUAAACGUACAUCGGCGCGAAAGAGAUACAAGAUCGAGAAGAAAGUCCGUAAGCACAAUCGUAAGAUGAAGAAAGAAGCCAAGAAACAUCCUAAAAAAAAAGCCAAAGUAAUGGAGAUACCAAAUCAAUGUCCCUUUAAAGAAGACAUAUUAAAAGAAAUAGAAGCAAUGAAAAAGGCAAAUGACGAAGAAAAGAGGAAGAGGAAGGAAGCUGCUCGUGAGAAAAAACGCGAAGAACUUGCCACAAGUGGUCUUCAAGGAUUAGUCCAUCAGGCUGAGAAUAAGCAACUGGCAUAUAAACCUAUGGAAGUCGAUUCUGUAGAAGAUAAAAUUAAAGAAGCUGUAACCAAGGAAGAAAAUUCAUUGAAAGCCUAUUAUAAGGAAUUCAAGAAAGUUUUGGAUGCAGCAGAUGUUAUUAUUGAGGUUGUGGAUGCUCGUGAUCCAUUAGGAACACGCUGUAAACAGGUGGAAGAAGCAGUUAGAUCUGCAAAAGGAAACAAAAGAUUAGUAUUAGUUUUGAAUAAAGCAGAUCUGGUUCCUAGAGAAAAUCUAGAUCAAUGGUUGAAAUAUUUGAGAGCCAGUUUGCCAACUGUAGCAUUUAAAUCAUCCACACAAAGUCAAGCGAAACGGUUAGGUCGAAGAAUGCUAGGCCGAAAAACAGAAUCCAUGAUACAAAGCAAUACCUGUUUUGGCGCGGAAUUAUUGUUGUCUUUACUUGGAAAUUAUUGCAGAAACAGUGGCAAUGUAAAGACAAGUAUCAGAGUAGGAGUUGUUGGGCUUCCAAAUGUAGGCAAAUCUAGUGUUAUUAAUUCCUUAAAACGCAGUAAGGCUUGCAAUGUCGGAAACACGCCAGGAAUAACAAAAACAAUGCAAGCAGUUCAGUUAGAUUCAAAGAUAAAACUGCUGGAUUCUCCUGGUAUAGUAUUUGCUAAUUCGGACGGAAAUUUCGACGAAACAUCUGUGGCUCUUAAAAAUGCUGUGAAAAUCCAAGCAUUGAAAGAUCCAUUUACACCAGCAACAGCUAUUCUAAAAAGAAUUUCACGAGAACAAAUAACAGAAUUAUACGAUAUACAGAAUUUUUCGACGCCAGAUGAUUUUUUCCCAAUGAAGGCCGCAAGAAUGGGUAAAUUUAAGAAAGGUGGAAUACCCGAUGCAUUAGCUGCAGCGCGCAGUGUUCUGGACGAUUGGAAUUCCGGAAAAAUUAGAUAUUACACAGUACCACCUGAACAACCGGUGUGUCAUAUAUCCGCGGAGAUAGUUAGUCAAAUGGCUAAAGAAUUCGACAUCGAGAGUUUUGCCGCGGAAGAAAAAAUGAUGCUCGAUAACCUCACAACAGAAUCUACUUGUAACCCUACUAUUGUGAAGCCUUUGUUGGUCGAUAGUUCAGGUCCUGUUACAGCGGCGAUGGAAGUCGAGAUGCAGAAAAAUGCGGAAUAUAAGAUCCAAAAAAAAUUGAAGAAGAAGUUGGCAGAAAGGAAGAAUACCGAGAAGAAGAAGAAAAAAGUUGAUCCCCUUUCUGAAAUUGAAGGCAAUCAAAAACUGAAUAAGCUAAGUAAACUUCAAUUCAAGAAGGAGAAGAAGAAAAAAGCGAAGGCAGAGAAAAUGGCCUUUUCAGAAAAAGCAGCUGCUAAAUUAGCGGGACAACUUGAAGGAUUUAGCUUAUAGAAGGAAGAUGACUUUAUACUGCGGAUUUUACAUAGACAUUAUGUAUAUAACAUAAAUGUGUAUGAAUUUAACAUGAACUUUAUAUGAAAAUUGUAUAUAUAAAUGUGAAGUAUUAAAAAAAACUACAUAAAUAAAAGUUGCUUUGAUGAGCGGGAGAGAGAGAGAG